CGGUAGGGGGGGCCCGGGGCCUGCGGGUGCUGGAGGAGCAGGGCGCUGCGGCUGCCUCCGUGUACCGCAGCUGAGGGGGUCGGUGGCCGCUGCGGGUAGCCCGGCCCGUGGGGUUAUGUUUCACACUAUGUGCUGACUGUCUGUACUUACAGAAGAUAUUUAAAACAAACAGACUUUUUUUCGAAGAUUUUGAUUCCAGUGGAAUCUGUGCUUUAGAUUUUUGUCUUGUCAAUUAACUCCUGACACAAUGCCUGUACAAGCUCCACAGUGGACGGAUUUUCUCUCCUGCCCAAUUUGCACACAGACUUUUGACGAAACAAUCCGGAAGCCCAUCAGCUUGGGUUGUGGCCACACUGUCUGCAAGAUGUGUCUCAACAAGCUCCAUCGUAAGGCCUGCCCUUUUGACCAGACCACUAUCAAUACAGACAUCGAACUCCUUCCUGUGAACUCAGCUUUGCUGCAGCUAGUGGGUGCUCAGGUUCCUGAGCAGCAACCAAUUACUUUAUGUAGUGGAGCUGAAGAUACGAAGCAUUAUGAGGAGAGCAAGAAAUGUGUGGAAGAGUUAGCAUUGUACCUCAAACCACUCAGCAGUGCAAGAGGUGUGGGUCUAAACAGUACCACCCAGAGUGUGUUAAGUCGUCCCAUGCAAAGGAAACUUGUGACAUUAGUUCAUUGCCAGCUGGUGGAGGAAGAAGGACGGAUCAGAGCCAUGCGUGCAGCACGGUCACUUGGUGAAAGAACAGUCACAGAGCUCAUUCUUCAGCAUCAAAAUCCUCAGCAGCUCUCUUCCAACCUCUGGGCUGCAGUGAGAGCCAGAGGGUGCCAGUUCCUUGGACCAGCGAUGCAAGAGGAGGCUCUAAAGCUGGUUCUGCUGGCUCUGGAAGAUGGAUCUGCUUUGUCACGGAAGGUCUUGGUUCUCUUUGUGGUUCAGAGGCUGGAGCCACGAUUUCCUCAGGCUUCUAAAACUAGCAUUGGGCAUGUUGUCCAGCUUCUCUACAGGGCCUCAUGCUUCAAGGUGACAAAGCGAGAUGAGGAUUCCUCCCUGAUGCAACUGAAGGAGGAAUUUCGGACUUACGAAGCUCUGAGAAGGGAACAUGACUCCCAGAUAGUUCAAAUUGCUAUGGAAGCAGGUUUACGUAUUGCACCAGACCAGUGGUCCUCACUCUUAUAUGGAGACCAGUCUCACAAAUCACACAUGCAGUCUAUCAUUGACAAGUUGCAGACCCCAGCCUCAUUUGCACAGAGUGUUCAGGAAUUAACUAUUGCUCUUCAGAGGACUGGAGAUCCAGCUAACCUGAAUCGUCUUCGGCCUCACCUAGAGCUCCUGGCAAAUAUUGAUCCCAGUCCAGAUGCUCCACCUCCAACAUGGGAACAACUGGAAAAUGGACUAGUUGCUGUGAGGACUGUGGUGCAUGGCUUAGUUGAUUACAUCCAGAAUCACAGCAAGAAAGGAACAGAUCAGCAGCAGCCUCCUCAGCACAGCAAGUACAAGACAUACAUGUGCCGAGACAUGAAACAGAGAGGAGGAUGCCCCCGAGGGGCCAGCUGCACCUUUGCACAUUCACAGGAGGAACUAGAAAAAUUCCGUAAAAUGAACAAGCGUCUGGUUCCCAGAAGACCCCUGAGUGCCUCCCUGGGCCAGCUAAAUGAGGUGGGCCUGCCUUCAGGAGCUAUCCUCUCAGAGGAAGGGGGAGUGGACUUGCCCAAUAGGAAAACUUCUGCUCUGCCAAAUGGAAUUGUGUCAACAGGCAGCACGGUGACGCAGCUUAUUUCUCGAGGGACUGACUCCGGUUACGAAGCUGCUCUGAAGCCAGGGAAGAUGGACCAUCUGAGUAGCAGUGCCCCUGGAUCCCCUCCUGACUUGCUGGAAUCUGUUCCCAAGAGCUCUAUUUCUGCCUUACCGGUGAAUCCACAUCCUGUGCCCACUCGGGCACCAACAGAUUUGCCUUCUGUGUCUGUCACCAAGCAGUUGCAAAUGGUACCAAGAGGAUCUCCACUGUAUAAUACUCAGCAAGCAGAUAUGUUUUAUCAAGAUCCCAGAGGAGCUGCCCCACCAUUUGAGCCAGCACCUUACCAGCAAGGAGUUUACUAUCCCACUCAGUCCAUGUCUCGCUUUGUCAGACCUCCUCCAUCAGCUCCUGAACCUGGUCCACCUUACCUAGACCAUUACCCACCCUACCUUCAGGAUCGUGUGGUGAGCCCACAGUACACACAACCACAGCAGUACCCUCCCAUGGGACAACCCAUCUACCCACCACACUACGACAGUCGGCGUGUGUACCCCCCUGUCCAGCCCUACCAGAGAGAGGAGAUUGUUCGGGGCAGCCCUGUGCCCAUUGAGAUUCCACAAGCCACUGUACCUUCCUACAUACCUGAAUCCAGAGACAGAUACCAGCAAACUGAGGGUUAUUGCCCAGUGGCUCCACAUCUCGGUCAGAUCAGACCCUCAUGCCACAGGCCACAUCCCAGCCUGGAUGAACUUCACCGACGAAGGAAAGAGAUCAUGGCCCAGCUAGAAGAAAGAAAGGUGAUUUCUCCACCUCCUUUUGCACCAUCACCAACCUUGCCUCAUCCUUUUCAUUCAGAGGAGAUUUUUGUGUUUGUACAGUUCUUGGAUGAAGACCUGAAGGUAGCUGGGAAAUACAAAGGAAAUGAUUACAGCCAGUACUCUCCUUGGUCCUGUGACACCAUCGGCUCCUACAUUGGAACCAAAGAUGCAAAACCCAAAGAUGUUGUGGCAGCAAGGAGUGUGGAGAUGGCGAACGUAGACAGCAAAGCCAUGCGUGACCAGCGACUGGACAUGCAGCGGCGCGCAGCAGAGGCAGGAGAUGAUGACCUCAUUCCCUUUGGAGACCGACCAACUGUGUCGAGAUUUGGGGCUAUAUCUCGUACUUCCAAAGCCAUGUACCAGAAUUCUGGUCCCAUGCAGGCCAUGGCAGUACAGGGAGCUACCACCAAAUCAAUAAUUUCAGACUACAAUCCCUAUGGAACUCAUGGUGGCUGGGGAGGCUCUCCAUAUUCUCCUCAUCAAAAUAUACCUUCUCAGGGACGUUUCAAUGACAGGGAGAGACUGUCUAUGUCAGAUGUGACUGGCCAUGGGAAGCAGUUGCCCUCAGCAGAGAGAGAGCAGCAGCUGCGCAUGGAGCUGCAGCAAGUAGACCACCAGAUCAGCCAACAAACACAGAUGAGAGGACUUGAGGCUGUUAGUAACAGGCUGCUGUUGCAGAGGGAGGCGACUACCCUGGCAGGCCAACCACAGCCCCCACCCCCACCUCCCAAGUGGCCUGGGAUGAUCUCAAGUGAACAGCUGAGCUUGGAGCUACACCAGGUGGAAAGGGAAAUUGGGAAGAGAACCCGUGAGCUGAGCAUGGAGAGCCAGUCUUCCCUUGACAUAAAAAACAAACUGGGCACCACUAAACAAACAGAAAAUGGACAAUUAGAACCACAAAGCAAGGUUCCAGCAGAGGACCUCGCACUGACCUUCAGCAGUGAUGUUCCAAAUGGAUCAGCCUUGACACAAGAGAACAUUGGCCUCCUGUCAAACAAGACAGCAUCUCUCAGCCUGUCAGAGGACCCAGAGGGAGGAGGAGACAGCCACGACUCCCAGAGAGUGGGAGUUACACCCACAUCUGCUCCAUGAAUUGAGGCCAGCAAACCCCACAGCUUCUUUUGCUGGGGUCUUGGUAGUUUCCAUCGUGUUUUUUUCCAAGGGUGAUUGUAGAAACCCAGGAGCAACAGCAGUAGCAGAGCAGCAGGUCCAGAGGCAAUGUGCACAAACACAACUACUAGAAACAAAUCCUGCACAUAGUUCACAUUAACGCAUUUUUUAAUUAAAAAAAAAAUGAAAAUUAGCAGUAUCUGCAAGCAAUUCAAAUUAAAUUUGUUUUUGUUCUGUGAAUGAACUUUAUUUUAAUAACUUUGGACGCCUUGGAUCCCAGGGCUUAAAAAAAAAAAAGAUAUUAUAUAUAUACUCUGUUUGAUUAAUUGUAUGAUCUUAAUGAAGUAGGUUUUUUCUUUUAUUUUGGUAUUAUUACAUACCCAGUGCAUAAUUCCUUAUCACUUUAAUUUCUCAGAUUAAAACAACCUGGCCACUUCCUUGUAUGGUUUAAGGGUAAACAAGGAAUGAGGGUUGGAGAGUAGCUGUGAAUUGCAGUGUCAAAAGAUGUGCAGCAAACACAUUCUUAAAAUAAUUCCUCACAUUGUGGCUAAGAACUGAACCCUUAUUUGAGCCUUCUUGCUUAAAUUAUUUAAGUCUAAACUACAAUGGGCAGAAUCCUUGCAAUGCAGCAGGUGCAGUCCUUUGUGUGUCCCAGCACAUGAUGUGGAAUUAAUUAGGGAGGAUUACAAAAUAAGUGUCCAACAUACUUUAUGUGAAGAUUGCUACUGCCCUUUUAUUUUCUACUGGGACUAUAGAAGUCAGUAGAAUGAAAACUUACCUACUGCAGCAUGGGUAUUUCUGAAGCUGGUUAUCUGGGGCUUGUGAUAGAGAGGCUUAGCUAAACAGUGAAGGUUGUGCAGCUGUGACCAGGGCUGAAUCUCUAGAAAUAAGAAACAGAGAAAAUAAUGUUGUGGAGUUGCUGGAAGGAUAUUAACUGCAGGUGAGCUAGUGAGCCAUGUUCCUUCAUCCAACAUUUGCUGGGGAUAUUUCCAUUCUCACUAAAACAAACUUUCCUAAAUUCCAUACAAUUAAGCUGAUGGAGAGGGGCUUACUGACCUCUCUGCCUUUUCACCUGUAUGCCUCUUUCUCAGCAACUCUUGUCUUUUUUUUUUUCUUUGUUACUCUUAUUAUUAUUAAAAACAUAAUUUCCUCUAUAAGCUGUUUUUUGUUCAGUGGUAAAUCAGUUAUUCAAUUCUAAUGUUGUUGUGAGGGCCACUUACUGAAGGAGAGCCACAUCUUUGGUUUGUGUGCAUCAGUGGUGGCAAACUUGAAAAAACAGAGGGAAAUUUUAAAACUGGCAUUAGAAUUUGACACCUGAGAAUCAAUCUGCCUCUGGUCUGCCACUGCUGCAGUGAAUCCUUUCCUAGGUUCCCUUUUCAGAGGGAAAAAUUCACAUCAAAAUGACCACCUAAGGUACAGCGUGGAUCUGUCAGAAGUAGUCACAAGUUCUGGAGAGCAAAUUUUGCUUGUUAAGAUCUAGUGUGCUGCUUCUCCAAGUGGAUGCUUUGGAAGCAUAAGUUGGAGAAACCAUAAGCCUUUCUAGAUGUUAAAGAAAUGAAAGAUUUGUUCUUGCUGCACAUUUUUUUUUUUUAACAGUUUUGGCAUGCACUAAAACAAGAUCCUGUGUACGAAGAACUCUGUGGAGAAUGAUUUUAAAGUGUUACUCCCUCUGCACCUUCUUGGCCUAUUCUUGUCUUUUUUCUUUCUGUGUUAGACUACUAAAAUUGGAAAGCACUGGUUAUGUAAUAAAUUACUGCAUUGCUUUGGUUGGGUAAAGCAAGAGUUAAAAUUUUUCUUGGUUUUUAGUUGUUUUUUUCCUUAACCUUAACUCCUUCUGAGGUCAUAGCAACCCUGGGCUAAGCUUUGCAUUCAUCAUACUGUUAAAUAAAACAAAAUGGGGGGUGGGAGGGGAUACAGUCCCACUAUUGCCUACCAGUAGGAGAGUCCAAACAGAAGACUCUUUUGAGUAGCAAUUAUUUAAUUUGCCCAGUCAAGGCACCGCGUUUAUAUACUAUUUCACAUUGAAUUUGAUUAUGCCCUACAGACCUGGCUGGUCAAGGAUUUGAUACACAUAUUGGCUUGGGAUUCGAGCUUUCUUUUUUAUUUAAAUAAAAAUUUAUAUAUAAAUAUAUAUAUACAUAUAUACAUAGUUAUAUCUGUAUAUAUAUUGGGUAUGUUUUAAGAAUUUUUUCGCAUGAGCGCAGCUGUUGUGAUCAAAUGUCUGGGAGGUAGAAGCACUGAAUGAAAAAUAAAGGCAUUUUUCACCACCCCCCCCACACUUUCCAUAUGUCCUCACACAGGUUUAUUUUGCUUUUAGAUGAACUUUGGCCUUUUAAUUGCCAAUAGUAGUAGUUUUGAAGCUUGCUUCUUUCAACCCCCUCUUAACUUCUGGCGAAGAAUCCUCUUUGCACUAGAACAGCUUCAUCUACACCUUGCCCCCAUCAAUCCAGAUGUCCUGUUUGAGGCCUAGCAUUCCCACUGCUCCUCUUGAAGCUGAGCAGAGCUUGGCUGAUGCAGUUUUGAGCCUGUCAGGUCUUUUCCUCCCUUCUCUGCUUUGGGCAUGAUAAUGAUCGAUUUGUUCCCUGGCAGCUUGCUAUCAAAUCAGCUGACACAGGCACUGUGCUGUGUUCUCCCAUCCUUAAGUGCAGAGCACCACCUUCAGGUCAGCAUUCUCAUUGCUUUUAAUUAGUUCUUCCUGCUGUGUCCCUAUUAACACAAGGAGCUCAUUUUAGUUGAAAUAUAAUUAGUGCAAUAUUCUAAUCUAGGAGGACAAGCCCAGAAUGUACAUUGUCAGACUGCAGUAAAGCUUGGUGUAGAAUUUUCAAAGAUGAUUGUGUUACCUUUGAAUCUAGGGAUUUGUUUUUGACACUAGGAAGAAAGUCUGGAGGGGCAAGAAACUUUAUACCUUUUACACUUGUGCCACCUAGUUUUCCUUUCCAGCUUAGGAGUUAAUUUUUUCUCCCCUUUUGCUCCCAAGAGGAAUUCUGCAGCACAAGCUAUUUAUUAUAUUGCUGUCCUGCCUGUGGUGAAUGCUCCCAAAGCCCAUGGAUUUGAAGGGACACCAUAUUGUUGUUUUUUCUCCUUUAUCCAGCUCUCUGUGCUGUACUUUGUGCAUAGUGUCCUUGUGAUCAGUGUGUCCAGGUGAAUGCCCUGUUUGCCCAGCAUUAUAGUUUGGCUUGUUAAAUAGUUUGUUUAAUAUCCACCAAAAGUAUUGAUUUUUGGCUUGGUUUUUCCCCUCUUUUCCUCUUGUCCUUUUUUCUUCAUUUUUACAGAAGUUUAGUUGAUGAAAAAAGUCAAACAGCAAAAUACAGUGCAUGCUUUUAAGUCAUUCUGGAAGCUGCACCUGAAGUCUUCCAUUUUUGUGGAAAAGUGUGCUAGCAGAACUGGGAGGACAUGGAACAGAAUCAUUGGUUAUAGUAAAAUUAAAAUUUCUGCUAUAACUGCAUCCUGCAACAUUCAUUUGUAUAGCCCAUCACUGCCCCAGUUGUACAGGAGUGCUGUCCACCUCAGUGAAACUGGUCUUAGGUAGAAAGUGGCUUAGUCCCUUCUUGGGCAAGAAGAAACAGUAUUACAACAGUGUUAGGGCACUACUGCAGCUUUUGGUGAACAGGUUACAUUUUCUCCUGCAGGAGACUCAUUGAACACUCAUUAAUAGCAGGGUUUCAGCCCCAGCAUGGACAAACCCCCCAGAAUAGGAAGCUUCAACUGGAUGUCAGUGAUUCAGUCAGUAUAGAAAUGGUGUUUGUUUAUUCUGUAGUGUUGUUUUCCUCCUCCUUCUGUCAAUGUCUUUUCUUUUUGCUGUGACCUACUUCUCUUGUCUUGAAAAGAAUAGCUUACACUUUUUUCUGCCACUCUAGAAUAUUAUUGGAUCCUCUUCCAUCUUGGAGCAGGACUAUUUUAUUUUAUUUUAUUUUUAAUUCAGACCACUUUUCAAACUUGCAGCACUGUUAUCCUCUUUCUCCUCGAGUUUUUGUGUCCAGUUUCUUCUGAGCCUUAUUCUCUGCUUUUUGUCCAUCUUUUCCUUCUUCCCCUUCUCUGGCUUGCCCAAUCCACCCUCCCUGAUUGUGUAAUGGUGACAGCUUGCUGCCUCAAAACAGAGCAUUCAAAUGAAUUCGCUUAGCCAAUAACUUCUAUGAAGUUGCCUUUUCUAAUGGUGUUAUUACUCAGUGAUGCACAAAUGUGAUAUUGCCCCUACUGGUAGGCAAACGGGGGAUCUGUAUAAACAUGAUAAACUGCUGGUUUUUUUCUUUUAAAGGAGAGCCAAAGACUUGUGCUUUACACUUUUUCUGUUUCCUGGCGUAGCCAUUUUGAUUGUCAAAUCUAUGUGGGGUUUUGUGAGUUGACUGUAUUAUCCUAAUAACAAUUUACAGAAGUUAAUGAUUGUCAAGCCUUAUCCGUGUGUUGAAUUGUGGAAAAUCAUUCCAUUCAGUCAUCCAGUUUUUAAUGUAAUGAGAAGUAUGUGGGGUCUUCUGAUGUUUUCAGUCUCUCAUGCUAUCUCUCAGCUGACAGAAUGGCUCAUUUAGAGAGAGAGAAGGAACAUAGAAGUUUUAUAUAAAUCAAAAAAGCCUUGUCUUUAAGUGUUUGAAUACUGAUUUAAAAUUUCUUCAGUUACAGUAAAAGAUAAAUUUGUGUUGCAAAUGUGACUGAUUUUUAAGCCCAUCUGAACUGAAAAGACAUUUCAAACUGAAGCAUUACAUUAAAUUAGUUGUGGAAAAAGCAAACUUGUAUGAUGAUAUUGUCUCUUGACAACACAGAAUUAGUAAGGUGGGGCAAAUGCUGUAUUAGAAAGGGUUAGGGCUGAGGCUUUUCACUGAUAAUAGAAGAAAGCUGCUUGCAUUUCCCUGCCUUGAUCUAACAGACUCUUGCAGACUGUUACUGAGGUUUUUAGGUUCAGAGAGUAAAGUGUAAGUCAGAGUAACAUAAAGGCUCAUUCCCAUUGUAAUUUCCACUUUUAAAUCUGGUCUGUAAUGAAGCAGACUACAGGAUAGUUAUCUGGAGAACCCAAAUAUAAAGUAUCAUUGGUUGACUGGCUAUUGCAGACCCCACUUUAUGGUCCAAGAAACCCAGUGCUAAUAAUCAGGAGGCUCAACAGCAGGAGUGUCAGCUCAUCAUCUCUGUACUUAAAGGGGGGUAAAAAAAAAGUGUGCAAAUCUUGUGCUUGUCUGUGUAUCAAGAGUUUUUUGUAGCCCUAGAAUAGAAGGAACACAGGCUAAGAGGGUGGGGCAUGAUGUUAACUUCAUAUUCAGAUUUCAUCAUCUUUCACUUUCCAAAACACACACUUCCCCUUCCCCUCUCCUGAUGUUGGUAGUACUGAUCUAAACAAAAUUAAUAAAAAAAGACCAAACAAAAACCCCAGAAGUUGUUGUUAAAAUGGUAAUUUACAUACUAACUGGAAAAACACCUGCCUUGCUUGAGUAAGGGUGAACUUUGAAUUUCCAGGGAAAGAGAAGCAAAUCUUCUGAGCCACCUUUUUAGGUAUAUUCUUGGUGAGAACAGUUGGGUGGUUGUUACUCAUGGUAUAUGAUCAUAUGGAUUAUGUAGCACAAAUUGAGUUGUUCUUGGAUCAAAUAUAAUCUGAGAUGUCAAAACCUUUGUUGGGGAUUCUCUUUUUCAUACUCAGCUUCCAUCAGCUGCAUUAUUUUAAGUGUCAGGGUGGUGAUAGAGGCCAGGAUUAAGUUAGUUCCAAUUAUAGAAUAUUAUGAGCAGUUCUGGGGCAUGUUAUCCCAGCUCACUGUCCCUAUACAGUUAACAUACAGUCUUUAUUCUUGUGUAGGAAAAAGAAUGUAACUGCUUAGUGUUGUCUGAAUCUCCAAGGUGCUCCUUGUGAUGCAGGUAGAGCCAUGGUUAGCAAGGAAAGGGGGAUAAACUUUAUAUUGAACUUCUUUAUAAUUUCAUUUCCCAGUGGCAUGGGAACUCUUUGAACACUAUUGGUAAGCAAAGAGGGUGCAGCUCUUUCUGAAAUUUCCCAAAUUAAAGAGUGUGGGAAAGUGGAUUUGCCUCAGAAACACCCCAAACAUAUGAAGCUUAAAAUUUGUGACCCUGGUGGUCAGAAUUGGUUGCCUAUAGCUUAGUAACCUAAAUUAUUAACUGGUCAUUCCCAGACAAUCUUUGCAAUUCCAGUGAGUUUGUGUAUGAUUUUAGUGCAGAUUGCCAUGUGUUCAGCAUUUGGGGAACUUUAGGUGUAAGGCAGGUGUCUCUGGAUAUACAGCUUGGGUGUUUUCAUGUUCCAGGAAACAGCUGAAUCCAAGAUCUGGGAGUCUGGGGGGGGGGGGAAACACGAUUAUUAAUUCCAAUUUGAAAAACAUGCUAUUGGGCAAGAUGGAAACAACAAGUGCUGCACUGUCUCUGGAAAUAAAAAGCAUUAGAGCUGAUGGAAUUACGCAUGAUGUGUAUAUGUGGAAAAUAUAUCUGGAAGGAAAAGAGAAAACUUUGUGGAAUAUUUGAUGUUUUAAGAAAUGAUUUACGUCUUUGUCUUGUUAAAAGGAUGUAUUAACUCUGUGGCAGACAGUACUCACAAGUCUUUGGCAUCCAAACCAGAUUGUGUAUUGGAUGGAUCCCACAACUGGAUGUGUGCACUGACCUCUUUAUUUUGAGCUUUCUUAAAAGCAAAUUUGUAGCAGCAUCUUAUAAAUGUCUAAAGCAACCUGAGACAGGAGAAACCUGCUCACAUCACAGCUGCUCACAGGUUACAAUUGGUACCUUUAAUUCACAGCCUCUUUUAAUGUGCUCUACCAUGGGCAAAUCUAGCAAAUCAAAUUACUUCUAGGGCUGGGGUUGUUUUUUUUCCUAAUUUUAAGGAGUUCCCAUUACCCCUUUGGUCUCUGCUUGCUGUGUAAGCAGCCUCUAUGCUAAGAGGAGCUUUCCUUCAAGUCAGCUUAGCAAAUCAGCCUGAUUAUUUUUCCCUAUUUUUCUGUAUCUGGUAGCAUAGUGUUGAGCUCUUUCCCCAUUGUAUUUGUUGCUAUGGGGAGGAAGAGGUGAGGGAAGGCAUGCAAGGGAGGAGGGAAGAAGCCCUGUGGGAUCUUCUAUGUGAAAGCUCCCACCCCAUCUUUGAAAUCAUCUACUUCCAGUUGUGGGGUUUCUCUAUAAAUAACUUUUUUCCUGUUUUUUGUAAGCCUAGAUUUCUUUGAUCUUGUUAGUUCUGUACAAGUCUCCCCGAGACAUUCUGCAGUCAUUAUCACCUUUUUGGGUGGAGUUUAUUUUAUUUUUUUUUGUUUGUUUGUUUUGGUUUUUUUAAAUAACUUUUUAACAUUGGUGCAUAUAUGCUUGGGAUAGAGCUCAUGUAAUUUUCCAAUCGUAUUGAUUGUAUGUGAUUGUGCCCUGCAGAGGUAUAUUUAACAAAAAAAAAAAAAUAAAAUAAAAAGGAUAGUCUAGGUAAUAAAGGAGACCGUGAGAUUUGUUGAGUCAGGUUAUGAACUAUUUCUUGAAUUUAUUUAGCAUCCUGAAUAAGUGAAAUCCCCUCUCUGCUGUUCUCAUAAAUCAGUGCUAAACAA